GUCCUCUCCCUCCCUCCCUCCUGCCUGGCCGUCCAGGCUUGGCGCGUUCGUUGCUUGGCAGAUGGCAAAGAGUUUACCAACUCCCUUCUCCCUCCCCUUCCCCGCCCCGCUCCCGCGUAAUCUAACCGCUGCUCCGAUUAGCGCCAUCCCACCGCUAUAAUUACGCUCCCGCCCUGCGCGCGCGGGCCUAUCAGCGCUAGCUUAGCUAUCCGGCCGCAUCCGCUGCUCGCCUCCUCACUUGCGCGUGUGUCGUGUAGCAUUUAGUCAGCUGCUCCUGCUUGCUAGGGUUAGGGUUUGCGGGCGCGCGCGCGCGUGCCCGCGCGUGAGCUGGCCGCGGGAGGGAUGACGCCGCACCGGUCGCCGGCGGGGACCGGAGGAAGUGGCGGCGGAGGGCCGCCGGCGCUACACUACCUGAGCGGCCCUUACGGAGACACCACCUUCACCAAGGUUUUCGUGGGCGGCCUCGCCUGGGAGACGCGGAGUGAGGGGCUUCGCGCCCACUUUGAGGUCUACGGGGACAUCCUCGAGGCCGUUGUCAUCACCGACCGCGCCACAGGCCGCUCCAAGGGCUACGGAUUCGUAACCUUCCAGGACCCAGAGUCGGCGAGGAUGGCCUGCAUGGACCCAUAUCCAGUGAUCGAUGGCCGGCGUGCUAAUUGCAAUCUUGCCAUCUUAGGGCGUCCUGGUCCAGCUGUGCCUUUCGUAGCACCUAUAAGGCCGGUCAUCCCUUACAAUGGAGGUGUGGCGGUUCCAGGGGGCAUGUAUGUGCAAAGCCCAACAUAUCAGCAAUCCCCUUACAACUACCCACAGGCCUUUGUAUAUUCUUCUUAUGGGCCAUCAGCAUAUGGACCUGAAUACCUAUAUCAGCAGAAUGCAUAUGGUCCAUAUGUUGGACAACAGUAUAUUCCAGUUUACGGUGGCCCAAGGACAGUAGGCCCAGCAGUCUACCCAUAUGGGCAGUCUGGCCAACCUGUACCAAGUGAUCAUGCUUAUUCUCUUGGUUAUGCCCCAAGUCGUGUUCUCCCACUAUCGAAUCAGAAUGUUAACGCUGCAAAUGUUGUGCGCAUACCACCACUUCAACAAUUUCCUCCAGGAGCUCCACGACCUCAGCAACAGCUUUUGGCCCCUGCUCGUGCACCGCCAUUCCCACAGAACAACGUUUCUGAACAAGCGACAGGUUGACAAGGAUGCCAGAAAGUGACGAAUUUUAGGUAUCCUAUAGUCUGCAGCAGGACUAAGAAAAGUUGUACCGCUAAAUUGGGCGGCAUGCUUUUUUCUUGCAAAUUGUUUUCGUUUGCUCUCUAAAGGUUAGCUAUCACAUUUAUCUAACAUUUGCAGCGGGGCCAUUUAUUAAAGGGCAUCAGUCUACGUUGCAUCUAGGCUGAUCGAUGUACUGUUUCUUAUCAUACUGCAGUCUGCAGGUUGUCCCUAUCCAUGGUUACCUGAACUUCUUAUAACGUGAGUGUCUGAUCUGCUCCGCGGGAAGGGGCAGGCAAGCUCGAGCGACUGAAGAUGAAGCCCCUCUUGCUCAGCUUCUGUCAGUGUCUGUACAUUCCCCAUCUGCCAGACAUCCUGAUAGCUGAUGGUCUGUGCAGGACCAAAGUGGAUGCCGGAAAUGGAGUCCGGCCUCCAACCUGUGUAUAAUAUAGGUCAUGUAGUGGUCCAAAUCGUAGAACAGGUCCAUUCUUUGAAAACAUCUGGUUGUGUAUAUUAAUUCUCUUAGCACCUUCAGUGCAUGUUUUCAUGUCUCAUUAGAGGGAAUAGGUAUUUCAAUGUCAUUGCAUUGUCAGUGAGUCAUGUACAUUAUUAUACUGAAAAUGUAAACUAUAUAUGUCAUCUGUGUCAACUGACAACUGUAAUCAAAUAAUGACAUCCCUAUCUUGGGAAAGAACAUGAUUU